CUUCAAGGUAGCAUGCUACACAAUGGACCCCAUAUCCGGCCAUGGAGAUAAUUCUACCGUCAUUCCAUCGGCAAAAAAGAGAAAGCCGAGACCCAAACUCUCCUGUGUACCUUGCCGUCGGAAAAAGUUGAAAUGUAAUCGCAUCCAUCCGUGCGACAACUGCAUCAAACAUCGCCGCACUGAGAUGUGCCACUAUGUGGGUCCCCAAGGAGUCUCGACCGGCGAUUCUCAUGACAUCCAGUACUAUAUUCACAAACUUGAGGCCCGUGUGCAGCAGUUGUCGAAAGGGAACCCUUUACCUCAGGCACUACUACCACCACCACCACCACCACCACCACCACCACCACUACCACAGCUCUCCGCAGACAUUGCUUGGACCCCGGACCCGCUGCCAGCAGAGCCGCGGCCACUGCCUCACUCAGCGGAUCCCAUUGCCGAACCGCAGGCCGAGUUCCCCGGGACUAUUCUGAUCGAGCGGGAUGGUACCAGCUACCAUAACCCAACUCACUGGCAAGCUGUGCUGGACGAGAUUGCCGAGGUCAAGGAGUUCCUUCAGAUGCACGAGAAUACUUCUCCCGAGGAGGUGGAAGAGGAGGAUGCAGUCCCGGAUGUUUCGGGCCCUGUACUACUAUUCGGAAACUCCAUCUCCUCGACCGUCUCUGAACUUCUGGCCGCUUUGCCUGCUCGAUCCAUGGCAGAUAGGUUGAUCUCGGCCUAUUUGAACUCGAAAGAAUCCCCUCUAGUGCUUAUACAUACACCAACAUUCACCCGCGAGUAUACGGCUUUCUGGAAGAACCCCCAGGGCGCAUCCAUUAGUUGGCUAGCCUAUCUUUACACCAUUCUCAGUGCAGCUGCUGGACUGCAUCUGUUCACUACAGCUGGCAGAGCGGAUGGCCAUUUUGCAGAAGCAUUCGACGAGUAUUUUCGCUUGUCCUCGCAAUGUCUUACCAUGGCGGAAUAUACGAGACCGGGACGAUACAAAUUGGAGACUCUCAUAUUGAGUAUAUGUUGCGAAAUUCUCAGAAGCACCGACACCCACGUCGGACCAUCCACCCUGCUGGGACUGGCCACUCGCUUGGCUAUCCAUAGCGGCUACCAUCGCGAUCCUAAACAUUAUCGCGGGAUCUCACCGUUCGACGGUGAGAUGCGACGUCGGGUUUGGAUGUAUCUCUGUCUUUUAGAUCACUACAUCUCGUGUCAGGAUGGCCUUCCCCCCACCACCGCGCAGACGCAAUCCGAUACCCUGGAGCCGAGAAACUUAACAGAUGAUGACCUGGAUCCUGCAGCCACGAGCUUACCUGCUUCCAGGCCUCCAACAGAGAAAACUCUGAUUCUUUUCCCGGUCGCUCUCAACCGGGUGAUGUUUGCGGGAGCAGACAUCGCCCGCAAAGUCUGCUCCGUCAAAGGGGUUCCCUACCAAGAGGUGCUUGAGCUGGAUGCAAAGCUGCGAGAACUCCACGCUACUAUUCCACUACCUUUACGGUUUCGCCCACCGGGCGAGUCUAUCGCAGACCCUCCCACCACGAUUAUGGACCGAUACAAUAUUGAUUUGAUGUAUCAGAAGGCUCGCUCAGACCUCCAUCGGCGAUAUCUUACCCAGCAUCGUCUAAAUCCCAGAUACGCAUACUCGCGCCGGGAGUGCUUAGAUGCGGCCAGAAGGGUCCUGCAACAUCAGUCCGAUAUUUUCAACGAGAGUUCACCGGGCGGUCAGUUGAACUACGCGUCCUUCUUCUUCUCAUCUUGUGUCAUUAUGCAUUUUCGCACAGCGGCAAUGAUUGUCUCUUUGGAAAUCUCCUGUCAAUCAAGACAUGACCUCCAGCGAAACCUGUCGCCCACUACAAGGCAGGCCAUUCUGGUAGAACGACAAGCACUUUCCCUUGAGCUCGAGCGAUCUUACAACAUUUGGAACCGCCUGCGUCAUCAAUCGAAGGAAGCAUUGAAAACUGCCGAAGCUUUGCAUAUAAUGCUGAAUGUGGCCAACACCCACUUACAACACGGCGCAACACCUGGCACGGAUGAUCCUUCGUUGGCUCCCGUAGAUAUUGGGGUGGCCAACGCCCUUGCUGAGCUCGACCUCAUGCCUUCUCACUUCUCUUCGCCACCGAGUCAGAGUCAGAGUCCCCUGAAUACCCCAUUCGAUGUCGACUUGAUGGAUGCUACGUUCUACUUCGGACAGGACGUCGGUACUCAACAUGCGCAAUUCAAUGCUCCUACCGACGCUGCGGAUUUCUUCGACCGCUACUGGGAUAAUCUGAUGCUUCUCGGCGAUGGCCAAUCUCUUGGGGAGCUUCCGACCGAUCCGAAUACUAGUUUUGGGCCGAGUCAAUUCUAGUGGCUGGAGAUGGUUGUUUGCCGUCAUGAGGUCGAGCUCUUGCUGGAUGUUGGGCUUGUCUGACGGUAGGUUUGGCAUGGCGUUUUGUUAUGCUUUCUUCUAAGGCGUCGCACAAUAACGACCAUGAACAAUUGCGACGAAACCAUCCGAGAACCCAGCCAUGCCCGACUUCUAUGCUG